UAUAUAUAAGUAUAUUAAGUCUAUCCUGUUGCUUAAACAAAGCAUUUUUCAAAUCUUUAAUCUUUUUUUAUCUACCUAUCUAUUUUUUAUCUAUUUUAUCUAUUUAUCUAUAGUAAAGAGAAGUUUGAAAAAUUAUUUAUCUUUUUCUUACUCGUAUUCGUCAUUUGGCAAUGUUGAGUUACAAAGGAGAUUCACAUAGGACUCAAAAAAAUCUUAUUAAUAAUCAAACAGUUUCAAUUAACGUAACAUAUUGAUAUUGAUGAAAAACAUUAAAAUGGAUGAGUAUAUAUACUUACUUCUAAUGAAUUGCAUUGUUAUAAGCAUUACAGCAGAAAUAUACUUGGAAAUAACAAAUAGAAGUAUACCUACUGUAGAAAAUUAUGUCUUUGUUAUAUUGUUUUAUUUCAUAGUUUUGAAGAUUUUAGCUAUUUUAUUUCAAUGUAUCCAUAGCAUGAAUAUUUUGGUCGUGAAAAACAGUGAUAUUAAAUUUAGUUUAAAUAUGUUGUUUUACAUUUCUUUAAUAUGUUUGAUUAUGCUAAUCAUGAGUAAAUAUUAUUAUAUUUAUAACUACAUACAAAUAUUUGACGCAUUCACAUGUUUUAUAUGCUCUGGAAUUUCAUAUAUAUUAUUACUAAUCACAAACUCAUAUGAAAAGAGAAAAGAAAAUACUUUUGAUAUUGAGUCAAUGAAAGGUUUGGAUUAUGGAACCUCUAUGGCAUACAGUUAUUAUUAUGGAUAUUUAAGAAUAAUACUUCCUUCAACAGGAUCUAUUAACAAAGGUUUAAUUGAAAAAAUAGAAAAUAUUGAAGACAAUCAUGGUAUAUAUAUAAGUGUUCACAAACUAUUUAUUUUAAUUCCUUCAUCAUCGUACAUUCCACCUAAUCUUAAAGAAGCUUCAUAUCAUUGGAUGGAAAGUGCAAUGAAUUUAGAGAAGGAAGUGUUGAAUCGAGCAGGAGUUAAAGGGCGAACAUAUCACAACAGUGUAUACAAAAUUUAUCCCAAUGGGCUAAGAUUAGAGACACCUUUCUACAUAGUGGUAGAAGGUGCAACGCCUUUGUUAACUUUCCAUGAAGUUCAAAAACAUGCUCACAAUGAAACAAAUGUUUAUAAGAAAUACUGCAAAUGUAUCAUACAGAAAUUUUAUAAAAAAUUGAAACAGUUAAUAGAUGCUGAUCCAGAAUGUGCGGAUCUUUGCGAACUAAUUUAUUACAACGAUUAUGACAAUAAUGGAACAAAAGUCAAUGUGGCGAAAGUUAUUUUAGACAGAAUAUUCAAAAUUCAAAACACAACUGGAGAAAAUGCAUACAAUACAAUAUAAUUACCUAAAUUAUUGUUUAAUGGGUUAAUAGUUUAUUAGUAACGUAAAAGAAGAAAGACACUAACCUCCGGGCGUAGUUGAAAAAAGCGUUCCACCGGGGGUAGAUGAAUAAUCAAUAGGUAACUGACUGGGAUCGUUAAUAACGACUCGUUUGGAAGGUAUGUUUUGGCUCUGGGUAGCUUGCCUAGCAAUCGGUGAUGCAGACAUGCUUGAUCUUUCAGUUUUUUCAAGAAUAAAAAGAAUUUCAGUUCAGGAAAAUUGCUUUAAAUAAAACAUAAAUAUAAGGUUUGUAAAACGAUUCGCUAUGGCUGUUGACAAAUAAUUUUACUGCGUAAUUUACAAAAAAUGAUGAAGUCCUUAUGCUCGAUUUGGAGAUACAAAUAUAAACAGAAUCAUUAAAAGAAUUGGUUUUGAUACGAAUAUUGAACGAAUUUCAUGCCCACUGUUUAAG